UUGCAUAACAUGGAAGGUGAGAGGCACCUGAGUAGGUGGCACUACUAUCCACCAGAUCAGGUGGAGUUGGCUGGCAUGUGUAGUCUUCCUCACGCCGCAGAAUUGACGUUGGAGUGUAGUUGUGUACUUCUUGUUGUCGUCCACUCAUGUUGUUAUUCGGUGGAUGCGGUGUGGCUGAAAGAAUUCAGCUCUAAGCGUCAGGCAUAUGAGGUGGACAUGGAGUUGGAGCUGCCGUGGCACAGGCUGCAGAGUACCAACAGAUCAACAUUGGGCGAACUCUUUACUGGCUUCACUGCUUACUACGCAGGAUUUGAUUUCAACCAAACUAUCUCGAUUUGCAGUGGUGGACCUUCCCAUAUGUGUACGUCUAUGAUCGAAGUCGAAGGGUUUACCGUCGACUUCGUCAGUGGUGAUUUUGGUCGAGGUCAUGAUUUGGAGGAUGGAGCCUACGGCGAUCUGAUAUCCAACAGAAAUGGGCACAUUGCAUUGUAA